AUGACACGCUCUGAAGUAUACCCAGAAAACCUUACUAUCAAUGUAACUCUCCAUUCCGCAAGUGGAGAUGGCUAUUAUGUAUAUACCCUUAACAACAUAACCGAUAGUUCCACACCAUGUUCAGAAACCAGCCUAUAUAUGAUUGUAUGUUUCGACAGCAACGCGCUGGUUUCGGGUGUUAUUAAGGGAUAUAUCACCGAAAGAAGUUUGAACUUAAUAGACACUGAAAACAUGAGAUAUAUCGCUGGAAGAGGCUUUAGGUUGUCAAGUCUUGUCGAAAAUACAAGUCAAUUCAAUGAAGGAAGUUUAAACUUGCCAAACUUUGUCAAAAACUCGAAUUAUAUUAAUGUAAGAGGUCUGAACUCGUCAAGCUUCGUUGACGACACGGGUUAUGUUGUCGAACAAGGCUUGUAUUCAUUAGAUUUUAUCGACGAAAACGUGAGUCACAUCAUUGGGGAAAGCUUGAACUCGUUGGAUGUAGACAAAAACACGGGGCACAUCAUUGGAGAAAGCUUGAGCUCGCUGGGCGCAGCCGAAAACACGGGUCACAUCACUGGAGAAAGCAUGAGCUCGUUGAGUGUAGCAGAAUAUACGAGUCACAUCGUUGGAGAAGGCUUGAGCUCGUUGGGUGUGGCAGAAUAUACGAGUCACAUCAUUGGAGAAGGCUUGAGCUCACUGGGCGCAGCCGAAAAUACGGGUCACAUUACUGAAAGAAACUUAAAUUUGUUAAAUUUUAUUCAUCAAUAUUAUGUAGUUUAUCGUAUUGAUGCUAGUAACAAACUUACUUCUGUCCGUUUAAUUGACAAAGAAGUCUUAAAUAUGCCAAAUAUUCGUAAAUUCGUUCAUAAGCGCAUAUGUUUUCAAUGCAGAAAAUUAUUCGAUUAUCCGAGUCAGUUUAAAAACCACAUACGAUCUCAUUCCGGUGAAAAACGUGAGUCUAUGAUUUUUUCCCUCACCGAUUAA